GUGGCGGUUGUCGGCGUUAAUCUGUGAACUGGCUAGCGCUGGAGAUGGCGAGCGCGGCGGCCCCCUGCCUGGCUCCGCCUGGGGGGCAGCUUCGGCACUUGGCAGUGGAGCUGCGACUGUUCCUGCCUCGAGUGCGGGUCGGCGAGGCCCGGGAGACCACCGAGGAGUUUGAUCGGCAGGUGUUUUGGAGACGACUCAAUGAGGCAGCUGCGAAAGUGUCAGGCGAAGCCACAGCUCUGACCACAGCCUUCUCUCAACUUCCACUGCCGUCUCCGCAGGAAACCCAGAGGUUCUGUGAAAAAGUCCAUGCUGCUAUCAAGGCAAUAAUUGCAGUAUACUAUUCACUUCCAAAGGAUCAGGGGAUCACCCUGAGAAAGCUGGUACGAGGCACCACUUUGGAAAUUGUGGAUGGCAUGGCUCAGCUUGUGGAAGCACUUUCCAUCACUCCAGCUCAGAGCCCUGAGAACAAGGACUUUAUUUCCUGCAACAGUGUCUGGGUUGCGUGCCAGCAGGUGCCUCGGAUACCAAGAGAUAACAAAGCUGCAGCCCUUUUAACACUGACAAAGAAUGUGGAUUUUGUGAAGGAUGCACAUGAAGAAAUGGAGAAGGCUGUGGAAGAAUGUGACCCUUACUGCGGCCUCUUGAAUGACAGUGAGGACACCUCUGACCACCAUAAUGAUGAGGAUGAUGUGUUGGGGUCUCCAACCAAUCAGGACUUAUACUGGUCAGAGGAAGACCAAGAGCUCAUCAUCCCAUGCCUUGCACUAGUGAGGGCCUCCAAAGCCUGCCUGAAGAAAAUCCGGAUCUUAGUGGCAGAGAAUGGGAAGAAAGAUCAGGUGGCCCAGCUGGAUGACAUUGUGGAUAUUUCUGAUGAAAUCAGCCCCAGUGUGGAUGAUUUGGCUCUGAGCAUAUAUCCACCUGUGUGCCACCCAACCGUGCGAAUUAAUUCUGCGAAACUUGUAUCUGUUUUAAAGAAGGCACUUGAAAUUACAAAAGCAAGCCAUGUGACCCCUCAGCCAGAAGAUAGCUGGAUCCCUUUACUUAUUAAUGCUGUUGAUCAUUGCAUGAACAGAAUCAAGGAACUCACUCAGGGAGAACUUGAAUUAUGAGUUCAAAGGCUCAUUUGUACUCUGCUCUUGCCCUCUCUUACCGUCACAGACAGGCUCUGAUGUCUGCUUUUGAAAUGGGGCUAGAAUGCUUGCUGGAUUGGAAGGGAGUUUCUGUCUAUAUUUAGCAACAGACAAUAUUCCCCAAGAUUGUUGGUUAGGCCAGACUGGAAAUUAUUUAUAAACUGUAUGAGUGUAAUACAUUCUGUGCUAGAUACAAAAUUGCAUGGGUUUGUGUUCCUCAGUUGCUUCUCAGAAAUUCCUAGGGAACCUUCCUUAUUCCUUAUUUACAAUAAAGUGUGUUGUUUUCAUUGUUAAAGAUGUUGAUGAUGUCAAUAAAAUGCUAACUUGCCAGUGAUUAAA